CAUUAUUGUUGUUCAUCCCUUCCUCUUAAUUUCCAUGGCUUCUCAUCAAGACCACCAGCUUCACUUUGUGUUCUUUCCUCUAAUGGCUUCAGGCCACAUGAUCCCAUUGAUAGACAUUGCUAGAUUGUUUGCACAACAAGGCAUCAUUGUCACCAUAUUCACCACACCCCACAAUGCAGCCAGAUUUCAAACAGUUCUUACUCGAGACCUAGAAUCUGGGCUCCAAAUCCGCGUAAUCCAAGUGAAAUUUCCAGCCGAAGAAGCAGGAUUGCCCGAAGGCUGCGAAAACUUCGACAUGCUACCUUCACCAGACUUGGUCUUCAAUUGCUUUGCUGCAACUGCCUUGCUUCACAAGCCAGUAGAGAAAUUGUUUGAAGAGCUCACUCCAAAGCCAAAUUGCAUAAUCUCAGACAUGAGUUUUCCAUGGACUUAUGACAUUGCUAGCAAGCAUCACAUUCCAAGGAUAUCUUUUGGUGGAACAAACUGCGUCAGUUUCUUGUGCGUUCACAAUUUGAGCGUAUCCAAUGUGCUUGAGAGUGUAACGUCUGAUUCAGAGCACCUUGUUCUGCCCGACCUGCCAGAUCGAAUUGAGAUGACGAAAGCUCAGCUUCCAGAUGGGUCAGUGACACCAACAGUGAAAGAUUUUUUUGACAAAAUGGGAGCAGUAGAAACGGAGACAUAUGGGAUGAUCGUGAAUACUUUUGAGGAAUUGGAGCCAGCAUAUGUUCAAGCAUACAAAAAGGUAAAAAAUGAUAAACUCUGGUGCAUUGGCCCUGCUUCCCUAUGCAACAAAGAUGACUUGGACAAGGCACAAAGGGGCAACAAAGUCUCCAUUGAUGAACUUCACUGCUUCAAAUGGCUCGACUCAUGGGCAACAGCUUCUGUACUUUAUGCUUGCUUUGGAAGUAUGUGUCACCUCAGCUGUGAACAGUUGAUAGAGAUUGGAUUGGCGUUAGAGGCAUCAAAUAAACCGUUCAUUUGGGUUGUAAGGGGCUGCAUUGAAAUACAGGAAUUGGAGAAAUGGAUUGCAGAAAGUGGAUUUGAGGAAAGGAACAGAGCAAGGAGCCUCGUGAUUCAUGGUUGGGCUCCGCAGACGCUUAUAUUAUCACACCCUGCAGUUGGUGGGUUCUUGACACAUUGUGGCUGGAAUUCCACAUUGGAAGGGAUUUGUGCUGGGGUGCCUUUGCUCACAUGGCCACUGCAUGGGGACCAAUUUAUAAAUGAGAAACUUGUUGAACAGAUUCUAAAGAUUUCAGUGAGAGUUGGUGUGGAAUUUUCAGUUUUGUGGGGAGAGGAGGAGAAGAUUAGGGUGGUUUUGAGAAAGGAGAAGGUGAAGGAGGCCAUAGAGAAAUUGAUGGAUGGAGAAGAAAGCCAAGGGAGAAGAGAGAGAGCCAGAGAGUUAGCAAAGAUGGCAAAGAGAGCAGUAGCAGAAGGUGGAUCUUCUCACCUCAACAUAAAACAGCUAAUCCAAGAGAUCAAAGAACUAACUGCAUAAACACAAACUAAGAAGAGUUUUUUUUUAAUUUUUUGGAAGAAAAAACUAAGAAGAGUUUGAAUGUUCUUUUCUCAAGCAUACUGCUUACUGCAUACAUUCUGCUCUGUAAUUAUUGUAAUGCAGUUGUUUAUUUUACUAUUGCUCUCAUUACUGUCUUUAGUUUGAUUUGGAAUGUUAUUAGGUUGAUUUAGAAGAACCAAAUAUAGGUGUGUUUUCGGCCUA